AUGAACGUAAAGUGGACUGUGAAACGAUUUCUUCUUAUGUCGUUUUCAGUCUCCCACUUGCUGAUACUUGAGGGAGCUCACAGCCAGCUUUCAGAGGCAGAGGGAAGACUACAGAGAAGGGCUAAUGCACUUCGGAGGAAACGGGAUCUCCUCGGGGAGGAGACAUACAGGCCACUUCUGUCCGAGGGCGCUCUCUCACGCAGCGUCCUACACAACUACACAGCCAGAGACGCCUCUUCAGAAUAUUGUGGCUGCCUCAAUGGCGGCUGGUGUCAGGAGGGAGGUGUGUGUGACUGUGCUCAGUUCCAGGCAUUGGGCGACCGCUGCCAGAUCAUACCUAACCAGGGCCAGGAUAGAGACGGGAUCUGCAGGUCGUGGGGUCAGCACCACUAUGAAACAUUUGAUGGAAUCUACUUCUACUUCUCUGGAACCUGCUCGUACAUUUUGGCCCAAGACUGCAACUCAGCCACGCCACAGUACACAGUGUGGGUCCACAACAGCAGGGUUUGUGAGGGGAGUGUGUAUUCGUGCCCACGAGCCCUCAGCCUGUUCUUCCCGAACGAGGAGGAGAUCCACAUCUCGGGGUAUCAGGUCCACCAGGGCGGUCGUAGGCUAAGUCUGCCACAGACUGUAGGCGGUGUGUUUAUUGAGCGGUUGGCUGAUUACCUCCUGGUGAAGAGUGUGUUUGGCUUCUCUCUGGCCUGGGACGGAGGCUCGGGUGUCUACCUGAAGAUGAGCGAGGAGCACCAGGGUGCCCCCUGUGGCCUGUGUGGGAACUUCAACCACCUGGCCAGCGAUGACCUCACCACUGCUCGUGGCAUUCAUACAGACGAGCCUGCAGUGUUUGGUAACAGUUGGGCGGUGGACCUGCCACAUGAACGCGCCUGUCCCUCAGUAGACCUGGACUUCAGUGGGCCGUGCCAGUCUGAGUCAGACAUGGAUGAUGCUAUAGAGAAGUGCAGUGCACUCCUCUUCUUCCCAUUUCUGUCCUGUCAUGAAAACAUUGACCCAAACCCCUUUGUGGCCAGCUGUGUCUCCGACCUGUGUGUGUCUGAUGAUGAGGAAACAUUUUGUCGAGCCCUGGUUGAGUACACCCGAGCCUGCUCACAUGUUGGUUACCCAGUGCGAGAGUGGAGGGACAGCUUCCCCUCCUGUAAUGAUGGCUGCGAGGACAGUUUUGUCUAUAGAGACUGCAUCAGUUGCUGUCCACCCACCUGUACAUUUGAGAAAGAGUGUCUGGGAACCAAUCUGCACUGCCUGGAUGGCUGCUAUUGUCCUGAUGGCCUUAUCUUGCAGAAUGGAACAUGUAUUGCUGCUUCUCAGUGUCCAUGUGUGUACCACGGGACAUCGUAUGUACAGGGGCACGUGCUCGAGCAGGGAUGCAGUGUUUGUGUGUGCAUGGGGGGAGUGUGGAACUGCACUGAGAAUAACUGCACAGUGGAGUGCUCUGUUGUAGGAGAUGUUUUUGUGACGACAUUUGAUGGUAGGAUGUUCCUCCAGCCAGGGGCGUGUCAGUACGUCCUGGCGAAGAGCCGCACCAGCAGCAGAUUCACCAUCACACUGCAGUAUACCACCUGUGCAGAGCAGCAGGUGUGUAUCCAGUCAGUGACGGUGGUGUUGGACGAGGAUGUGAGCCGCCAGGUCACUUUGACCCGAGAGGGGGAGGUGCUUAUCGGGGUCAACCCAGCACCUGUCCUGCCCUAUUUCGACGAUGCUGUGGAGGUACGGAAGUUGACCUCUGUAUUCACACAACUAAAGGCAGGGCUUGGUUUGCGGCUGCAUUAUGAUGGCCAAGGGGGGCGGGUCUAUCUGCAGCUGGACAGCCAAUGGCGUGGACUGACGCUUGGCCUAUGUGGAACCUUCAAUGGAAACCUGCGAGAUGACUUCCUGUCUCCAGCAGGUAUGAUAGAGGGUACUCCUCAGCUCCAUGCCAAUGCUUGGAAGGUGUCGUCAGCUUGUGUGGCUCCAGUCAACCUGCCCAUCAUAGACCCAUGUGAGAUGAACCAGCACAAUGUAUUCUAUGCGUCUCUGUGUGAGGUGCUUUUGGGGAAUUUGUUUGCUCCAUGCCAUGACUACGUCAGCCCGACCGUCUACCAGCAGCAGUGUCGCCACCAGGCCUGUCGCUGCGGGAACAGCUGUCUGUGCACCGCACUGGCUCACUAUGCUUACCUUUGCGCCAGACAUGGGGUCAACAUUAACUUCAGAUCGCACAUCUCUGAGUGUGGGAUGGUGUGUCUGGGAGGCAUGCUGUACCACUCCUGUGUGUCGUCCUGUGGCCGGUCGUGUCGUGCUCUCUCCAGCACGGAGACGUGCGACUCUGAUGACUGUGCUGAGGGAUGUGGCUGCAUGGAGGGCAGUUACUAUGACGAUGUGCGCCAGCGCUGCGUGCAGCUGUCUCAGUGUCAUUGUUACUCCAUGGGUGGUGUGUCGCAGCCAGGGGAGGUGACCUUCAGUGCUUCUGGCCCCUGUCUCUGCCAAAAUGGGAAGAUGGAGUGUAUGCCAGAAGAAAGAGAGCCAGAUAGCAUAGAUGAGGGGGAGUGCCCUGAGGGGAAGGUGUACCACAGCUGCACUGAGCAGAGAGGAGGUUUGGCCUGUCAGCCGACUUGCCAUAACCUGAUGUUGAACCUCACCUGCCCACCCAACACACCGUGCAUCCCUGGCUGUGUCUGCCCUCCUGGGUUGGUGCUGCACCGUGGGGAGUGUUACUAUCCAGACAACUGUCCUUGUGCCUGGUUGGGCCUUGAGUAUCUGCCGGGAGAAACUGUGGACAGUCCAUGUUACAAAUGUGUGUGUCACCGUGGCUAUUUUAACUGCAGCUAUUUACCGUGUCCAGCUGUGUGCACAAUCUACAGCGACAGACACUACCACACGUUUGAUGGUCUGGAGUAUGACUACCACUCUGACUGCCAGGUCUACCUGCUCAAAAGUAUUGGAGAAACCGAGGUGUCCAUUGUUGCCCAAAACAAGGACUGCUAUGAGAGUGGCAUUGUGUGUAUGAAAAUCCUGGUUAUUCAUGUGGGGCUUACCAAGAUCUACUUCACAGACAACUCUGGCAACCCUAGCCCGUCCAGUGUUGUGGGUCGAGGGUCAGAGUUUGAGCUGUGGAAGGCAGGCUACUACACCGUGGUCUACUUCGCCAACCAGGACCUGACCAUCCUCUGGGACCGCAAGACCACUGUGCACAUCAGAGCUGGACCUCAGUGGAAGGGCCUGCUCUCUGGCCUGUGUGGAAACUUUGACAGUGUGACUGCGAACGACAUGACCACCUCCAGCCACAUGGAAGUCACCAACGCACAGACGUUCGGAGAUAGCUGGGCCCUGGGACAGUGUGAAAGUGACUAUGUCGUUAAACGACCGUGUGAAGGGGACUUAGGGAGACAGCCGUAUGCCAAGAGGGAGUGUGCACUUCUCUACAGUGAUGUCUUUGCACCCUGUCACAAUGUGGUGGACGUGGCCUGGUUCUACAGGAACUGCUUAACAGACACCUGUAAUUGUAACCGCGGUGGUGACUGUGAGUGUCUCUGUACCUCCAUCGCCGCCUAUGCUCACAAAUGCUGCCAGCAGGGGGUCACAAUACACUGGAGAUCGCCCUCUGUCUGUCCCUACGACUGUGAAUACUAUAAUCAAGAGUUGGGUGACGGCCCAUUCACCUUUGUCAGUGCUGUCUAUAAUGACACCAUGUUCGGGGUGAAUCGCACCAGCAGCUCACUGUUUCCCCUGGUGAGGGAGAGAGCAGGGCAGCUGCCGGCCCCAGGACUGCUGUUCAACUUCAUGAUCACGGCUGGCCUGCAAAAAGAUCGCACAUCACGUGUCCCUGUGGUGUCAUUGGAGUCUGCGGAGAGACCAAACUACUUCCUGGUUGUGACGGGUCGCAGCCAGCUCCAGCUGGAGCGCUGGAGUCGAGGGGAGGAAUUUAGUCGGAGAGCAACCUUUAUCCAGCACCAGGGGUUGUUUCUGCCUGGUCACACUUCUUUUGAACUUGUCGGCCAACCUGGAGUCUUUCUAACGCUGACACGUACAGCAGCAAGAGCCCAGAGAUAUGAUAACUCAGAAGGCUUCAAAACCAGCAGCAGCUUCACCUUGGAGGAGAGCAGUUUCGUGAUACCGUACCGUAUGAUGUGUGAAUGGCGCUACCAGGCCUGUGCAAGCCCUUGUGUCCACACCUGCAGUGACCCAGAUGCCACACGCUGCCACUUCCUACCGCCUGUGGAGGGCUGCUUUCCACGUUGUCCUAAGAAUAUGGUCCUUGAUGAGGUCACCAGAAGAUGUGUCUACACAGAGGACUGUGUGUCCCUCCCUCCAACUCCGACCCCAUUUGCAUAUGUGACACGUUCCAACAGAACUACCACACCGCCAUCAACAACUAGAACCACUACGACUACAACUCGUGCACCUACUCGUAGAACUACUACCACUACUACCACCACAAGGCCUACAACUACUGUCACCACCACCACCACCACCACCACUACCACCACUACUCGCACCACUACUAGAAGGACGACUACUUCCACCACUACUGUCAGACCCACCACAGCAACCACCACCACCCGCCCUCCCACUACUACUCCCAGUACAGCGCCAGCCACGGAGCGGGUCACCUCCUUGCCAUCCACCACGUCACCUCCUCCGCCCUCACCUUCCACCACACCUGUAUCUACAACUCUCACUCCCUCCACCGCACCGGAGACAACGAGUACCACUCUCAGUACCACUGAAACAACACCCAUCGAAACCACGGUAACCACGGUCACCGCUGCGGUGACCACAGCAACACCCACCACUGUGACCGAGGCGACCACUGUCCCCUCCACCACGUCCCCUCCUCCCUCUACUACUCUCGCUUCCACCACAACACCCACUACUCCAGCCCCCACCACGGUCACCACUUCAACGUUAACGUUAACUACGACACCACCCCCAACAUCACCUACCCCCACCACAAAGCCACCCACCACCACAGUCGUCACCACCGUCACCACCCCUAGCACCACUCCUACUCACGUCCCCAUCCCCGUCACCACAACCACUCCUCAGCCAGUACCAGUCGAUACAACCAUCACCACUGAGACCACCACACCGAUGGAGACCUCGACAGUUGCCAUGACAACCACAACACCCCUUCCCGAGACCACUGAGUCGACCACCACCGAGCCUGCGAUCACAGAGACGAGCACAAGCCCCACCACGACUCCUACAACAGAGGAAACGUCAACCACACCUGCCUUCGUCUGGCCCACUACCCCAUGCACACCCCCAUAUUCGUACCGUAUCGAUGAAUGUGCUGAGCUGAUCUGUUUCAACGGAGACCUGCUGCUCCACAAUUCCUCCCUCCACUGUCGCUACAACACCACCCAGCCCCACUGCAGUCUACUGGGCCUGCCUGUCCUCAUCAACACAGACCCCUGCUGCCCACAGUGGCAAUGCCCUUGUCGCUGCUCUGUGAUGUCAGACCUGCGUGUCAUCACAUUUGAUGGUAACAACGUGGCUUUGUAUGACAACGGCUCCUACAUCCUGGUGCACCUGCCCAGGGAGACCAUUAUCGGUACUGUGGAGAAAUGUCCAACCAGCCAGAGUGUAAACAUGAUCAGACGGCCUAGUCCUUCAGGUGGAACCUCUGGUCUGUGUUUUAAGAAGCUGAACAUUACUACCUCCUCCUACAGAAUCAUUAUCAACCGACUGGACCGCACGGUGUCAGUGAACUACAGGUCUGCCAGGCUUCCCUUCUCCCGUCAGUCUCUUUAUGUGGAUGACACAGGCAGUAUGUACCUGAUCCAUACACCUGGAGGGGUCAACAUCCAGUGGUACCACAGCACUGGCAUCAUGGUACUGCAGUACACUGCUAUCCAUAAUGCAUCUGCACCUACCCGAGGCUUGUGUGGUUGCUGUGAUGGGAACCCAGCAGAUGACCUGAAGCUGCCCAAUGGCACGGUGAUCAGAGAGGUGGGAGACAUGGGGCUGUUUCUGCAGGCCUGGAGGGUCCACACCACCGAUGAGGCCGAACACACGCGCAGGGUUGGAGACAACUGCACCACCGGGGACUGCUCCACCUGCCUCUCCAUGCUUCGCCAGAGAGCCUUCACACCCUGCCACAGCCAUGUGUCUCCAGAGCAGUUCUGUGACAUAAUGUGGGCGGGGGACCUGCAUUACAAGGAUCACCAGUGUGACUUCUUGGCGGCGUACGUAGCUGUCUGCUACACACACCAAGUCUGCAUCAACUGGAGACGACACAAUUUCUGCCCGUUGCGAUGUCCCCCUGGUAAGGAGUAUCAGCCAUGUGUGAGCACCUGCACCAGUCGCACCUGUCAGAACAGAGAGUACUACGAGGAGACCACCUGCUCCUACAUCAGGGAGGAAUGCGUGUGCCGAAGUGGAACCAUCCUGCAUCGGGCUGACUCUGCAUACUGUGUAACUGAGGAUCGCUGUGUGUGCACAGAUAACGAGGGCAACCCUCGGGCCCCUGGUGAAGUGUGGAAUGGCUCAGCCCGAGGCUGCUGUCUGUACAAGUGUAUGGAGAAUGGCUCCGUGGUGGCUGUUGAACCAGACUGCAGCUCUGUCCCUACCCCACUGUGUGAGAGGGAGGGAGAGUAUGUACUAGAUGUGCUGGAAGAAGGAGCUUGCUGCCCGAAAAAGAUCUGUGAGUGCAACAUGACCAUCUGUGACAGCGAGGCUCCUCCCUGUGAUAACGGAAACAGAUUGGUGAUUGGUUACAGCGCCCUGUCCUGUUGCCCGGAGUACAGAUGUGAGUGUGACCCCAUGGCCUGUCCUUCUGUCUCUGUCCCGGAGUGCAGAGAAGAUCAGUUCCUAGUGGAGGUCAGAGAGGACAAAUCAUGCUGCUACUCUUACCUCUGUGUGUGUGAGUCGUGCAUUGAGCCUGUUCCAACUUGCUCACAUGGAGAAAUCCUGGCUGUGGAUAUGAAUACCACCAGCAGCUGCUGUCCACGGUACCAUUGUGUGUGUGAUACCAGCUUGUGUCCUGAAUCAUCUGUAAGCUGUGCACCUGGUCUCUCUCUGGUUCAAACUGCUGUCCCUGGACACUGCUGCCCACAGCACCACUGUGAAUGCCAAUGUGAUGACAGCUCUCACCCUGUCUGUCAGGUGGGGGAAGUGCUGGUGGAGAUCCCAGACAGCAGCACCAGUUGUGGCUGCCCUCUGCAUAAAUGCCAGAAAGCGGAAGUGUGUGUUUUCCAGGGGAUGACGGUGCUGAGCCCAGGCCAGUCUCUGGUUCAGUACUUUGAGGGAGAGCUGUGUUACACCGUCCACUGCCUGCACCACAAAGAUCCAGACACUGGAUUCUACACCAUGGACAUUUCGUCUGUCAACUGCUCUCAGAAAUGUGAACCACACCAGGUAUACGUUGCAUCCACUGACCCUCAGGUGUGCUGUGGUUCCUGUAAAAACAUCUCCUGCACUUUCACCAGUGAGAAUGGAACCACAGAACUUUUCACUGCAGGCAGUUCCUGGGUGGAUAACUGCACACGCUAUGACUGUAUGGAGACAGCAGUGGGAGCAGUGGUCCUUGGCUCUGGGGUGGUUUGCCCACCUUUCAAUGACACAGAGUGUAUUCAGAGUGGUGGUGUGGUUCAGAGCUACGUGGACGGCUGCUGCAGGACAUGUUCUGGAGUGGGUGUUUUACCAUUUACCGUUAAUCCCGUAACCCCCACUGGUAGUACUAACUGUGACACAGGUAAAGAGGAUGGUAAGACGUGCAAGCGGGUGGCCAUCCGCACAACCAUUCGAAAAGACGACUGCAGGAGCAAUGCACCGGUAACAGUGUAUUCUUGUGAUGGGAAAUGUCCGUCUGCCACUAUAUUCAACUUCAACAUCAACAGUCACGCCAGGUUCUGUAAGUGCUGCCGCGAGAGUGGACUGCAAACCCGCUCGAUCACACUCUACUGCUCACGCAAUGCCACGGUGGUGGAAUACAACUUCCAAGAGCCUCUGGAUUGUACGUGUCAGUGGAACUAG